AAUUCAUUCAUAACACGGGGCGAGAUAAACUUGACAGGCAUGCGUCGGGAAAGUCUUGACUAAAUCUGACAGUGAGCCAUCCAUCACCACCUCAGGAUACUUUACACAGGGCCGAGAACUCAGCUGCUUACCAGACUGUUCAAGAGAAGAACUUACAUCAAAAAAUAAAAGAAUAAAAAUGUCGAACACAGGAGGUCGGAGACUGAAGCAGUGGCUGAUGGAGCAGAUCCAGAGCGGCCAGUACUCUGGACUGCAGUGGGAGGAUGAAAGCCGCACUUUGUUCCGAAUUCCUUGGAAACACGCAGGGAAACAGGAUUACAACCAGGAAAUAGACGCAUCCAUUUUUAAGGCGUGGGCUGUGUUUAAAGGCAAGUUUAAGGAGGGGGACAAGGCUGAGCCUGCAACAUGGAAGACCAGACUCCGCUGUGCCCUGAAUAAAAGCCCAGACUUUGAGGAGGUGACAGAAAGGUCACAGCUGGACAUCUCUGAACCCUAUAAAGUCUAUCGCAUCGUACCCGAGGAAGAGCAGAAGAAUGGGAAAAGCUCAGUGAUGACCAUGGCAGCCACCACCAGCUCCGGUGAUAUUACUGACAUGGACUGCAGCCCUGCAGAACUAGACGAGCUCAUCAAAGAGGAGGAAGGCUGCAGUAUCCAGGCCAGUCCAGAGUACUGGUCGCAGGGCAGCAUCAACGCUUUCCCACUGCAUCAGGACCCUCUGCCAUCAGGGACUCUCAGCUCAGCUUUCUCCCAAAUGAUGAUCAGUUUCUACUAUGGAGGGAAGCUGAUUCACAACACAGUGGUUAAUCACUCUGAAGGCUGCCGAAUUGCCCCCCAACAGCCCCUGGGUCGCGGUGGCCUUUACAGUUUAGACAGCAUGCAAAGUGUCCCCUUCCCUUCUGCUGAGCUGAUUGAGUACGAUCGCCAGCGCCACGUCACACGCAAGCUCCUGGGCCACCUGGAGAGAGGCGUGCUGGUCCGGGCCAACCAGGAGGGAAUCUUCAUCAAGAGGCUGUGCCAGAGCCGCGUCUUCUGGAUCGGGCUGGGAGAAGUCGGCUCACAGUACAACCAGAUGGCUUGCAAACUCGAGAGGGACGCUGUGGUCAAGAUCUUUGACACAGGAAGGUUUCUUCAUGCUCUGCAGCUGUACCAGGACGGCCAGUUUCCUGCUCCUGAUCCCACAGUGACUCUGUGUUUUGGAGAGGAGCUGCACGAUCUCAGCAAUGCCAAAGGCAAACUGAUCAUCGUCCAGAUCAGCGUGUUGCACUGCCAGCAGCUGCUGGAGGCAGUGAACAUGCGGCGCUCUCAGCCCUACUGCAACAACUCAACCUUGGAGAUGUCUGAUAACCUGGCCUCUGACCAGAUGGCCCGCAUCUACCAGGAACUGUGCAGCUACAGCGGCCCCCAGAGGCAAGCCUGCUACAGGGACAACAUGCCCAUCACUGCCUGAACUGUGAGCGGUGACACGCCUGCCACCAGCUCCUCAGUGUGUAUGCCACACUGAACGUAAAACACAUUAGGGACAGCUUCACAAUUAGUUUUUACUGUUUGAAUUUAUUAGAAAUCACGGCGGUGAUGUGAAGAUAAGUAGGAGCAAAACCUUUAUGAACCCCUUAGAGGACUUUCAAGCUGUAGCUCAAUAUUCAGAUGUCCCUAAUGUGUCAGUAAUGUUUAUAUUUGUAUACAUGCAGCGCUAACACAAACUCUGUCUAUUUUCUGCUUCAUUAUCACUCAAGAGCGUUAUCAGCUCAAGUAGCAUUUCAUUUUUGACAUCGCGCACACAGGUCAAAGUGUUGCAAAGCCGUAAAAGAGGAAAUGUUUUAGCUAAAAUUCAUUCUGGUGUCUUUCUUAACAAAUCUUUCUUAUACUAAGGACUCGUACUUAAAGUCUAAUUGCAGUAUGACAACAGUGUGAUGUAUGAAAACCACUGAGUUCUCAAAACUGAAUUUUAUUUUGACAUGAAUCAUCUUUUUUUACUCCUGUUUAUUUGCAGUUGAGGUGCGUCAUUAUGUGAUGACCGUUGGGAUGAAUAGACCAAAUGGAUAUUUUAUCAGAUAUUUUUUCUGUUUUUUUGCCAUUAUAUUACAGAUAGGUUUUACUAUCAGACUGUUUUAUUGAACUUUAUUUCAAACAUUUUUUGUAAACUGCAUUUCUAGUAAAACUUUUUUUUUUACUGAA